CUGAUGAAUUACCGACAAAAAUGUGUUCGAAAUGUAUAUCAAACUUAACUGAUGCUUACAAUUUUAAACAAACCCUACAAAAAACUGAAAGUGUAUUACAAGAAUUUCUAUCACAAAAAAUAGAAUUUUUAGAUGAAGAAUUCUUAAAUAAUAAUGACAUCGAAGAAAUAAAAAUUAAAGUAGAAUGGGAUUCAGAUGAAGAAAAAUCUGAAAUUCAAUUAAUACAGGAUGCAUUACUUAAUCAAUCAAUGGUUGCCGCAAAAGAAGAAACUUGUGAGGAAUUCUAUGAAAGCAAUACAGAAAAUUAUGUACCAGAAGCUGAUAAUAAUGAAGAUGUUAUGAUUAAAACAGAAGAUGAUUUAGGAAAAGAGGAAGAUUAUCAAUUUAUAUGUUUGGACGAUAAAUCAAAACUAUAUCCUUGUCCAAAGUGUCCGAACUUGUACAAAUCGUUCUAUUCGCUACGAAUUCACAUGCGACAACAUAAUAAAGUUUACCCAUUUUUAUGUACGGUUUGUGGUAAACAAUUUAUUGAUAUUCGGCGAUUGAACUAUCACAUGACGUCACAUACCGAACAAAAAAAAUUCAAAUGUGAUAUAUGUGAUAAAACGUAUCGUCAAAAAACCGGUUUGAAUUGUCACAAAAGAGUGCAUAGCGGUUUACGACCAUAUUUAUGUUCAACAUGUGGUAAAGAAUUUCGUCAACGAACAGAUUUACGUUAUCAUCAUCGAACGCAUACACGAGAACGACCGUAUUCAUGUACUUUGUGUCCGAAAAAUUUUCAAAUGUCUUGGCAUUUAGUGGAACAUAUGCGUAAACAUACAGAUGAAAGGCGUUUUCCUUGUGAACAUUGUGGUAAAGCAUUUCAUACCAAAACAUUAUUAAAUCGCCAUGUGCUAAUACAUUCAGGAUUAAAACCAUUUCAAUGUAAAAUAUGUAAUAAAUCUUUUAAUCGACAAAAUACGUUACGGGUACAUAAUUUUACACAUACUGAUAAACGUCCGCAUAUUUGCAAGGAAUGUGGUAAAGGAUUUGUUCAACGUAGUUAUUUAUAUGCACAUGAAAAAAUGCAUCAUAAAAUUGAAGUAAAAACAGAACUAGUAUGAAUUUUUAAAACAAAAAUUAAGUUAUUUUAAGGAAAAAUAUGUUUUGUCUUCAGAGAAGCGCAAAAUAAACUUUAUAGUUUAAGUGCAUAAAGCAACCAUUAAUUGGUGGCUAUAGCAUUGGAAAAUUCUUUAUAGUUACUUGUUUUCAAAAAUGUUCAACAUCACUAUUUAUUAUUACAUCUGGGAUUACCCGAUUCCCAUUUUAAAAUGAAUCAACAGUCUUUUGUUUUUCCUCGAAUGUUUUUUCAAAAUACUUAAAUUAAUAAAAUUAUAAUCAUGAAAUGUUUUUUCCGCUUCCAUGUAAUUCAAAAUCAACUUCUGGC